GUGUCAGGCGCUUCGAACGUAUUCUGUUAUCUCAUUUUAUUUAUAGGUUAUGUUGUGGAAAGUUAUGUUUAGUAAGAUUGUGAUGACAAGGCAGACCAAUCAUUAAUAAAUAUGCGGGCAAUCUUGUACCAUUCGAAUAGCAGCCCGCCGUCCCGGGCUGUCAAGAUGAUCGCCGGCAUCCUGAACGCACAGUUUGAAGAACGAUACCUCAACCCAGUGGCGAGAGAUCAGGACACGCCAGAGUUAAUCGAGAAAAAUCCCAUGAAAUCUGUUCCGCUGUUAGACGAAGGAGAUUAUUGGCUAGCCGACAGUCACGCCAUAAUUGUAUAUCUAUUUGAAAAAUACGGAAAACCUGAGCACCAACAUCUCUACCCCACUGACAUUCGAAAACGAGCCACGAUCAACCAGAGAAUGUAUUUCGAAUGUGGAAUAUUGUUUCCAAGACUUCGAUCUGUGAUGGCCCCAACAUUCUGGGGCAAGCUGACCGAGCUCUCAAAGUCCAUGAAGGCCAACAUAGAGGACGCAUACCGUACACUAGAGGCUUAUUUGUCUCGCACCCUUUACGUGGCAGACGACGUGUUGACUUUGGCAGACAUAAGCAUUGUUACUACGGUGUCGACGAUGGACGGUAUCUACCCUGUUGAUGUCAAAAGAUACCCAAAGUUAAAGCAGUGGUUGCGCACCAUGUCGCAGAAGGAUUUCGUCAAAAAAUACAACGAGCCGGGAAGGGAAGAGCUGGUGACCGUGCUAGUUACGAUGAUGAAGAACAACAAGCACAAUCAGCGGUCUAAACUUUAAUAUUUUACUCAUGUAAGCUAAGGUGUGUUAUUUAUUGCGCUGAGAUCUAUGACAUGAAUAUGGAAUGAAGACACAACGCUCUAAUCCUCAAAACGUUGAGGUCACUCUGAGAAGACCGUGGAGUCACCAAGAUCCUGCGCUUCUGGGCGGAGUUAGGCUGGUUGGACCCCUAGUCGGCAAACACGGAACGCACAAUGGUCUCUCUUUCCGAAGCUAAGCUUCCGUGCAGAAACCGGAGCCCAUAACCAUAUGAUAUGGAAGACAUUCUACGGUUAUGAUACUUAUGUUUUGAGUACGUAUAACGAAGUAUAACAAGGAAUAAAAUCUAUGUAAAGAUUGUAAAGGGAACAUAAUCAGUUUAAAGUGUAAGGUAUAAUCAAUGUAAUGUCGUAAGGAUAGAUAAAUGGGUCGAAAUUAUUUUCGUUGUCUUAUCUCUGCCCACUUGGUUUUGUCUUGGUGUAGUUAAACAAAAAAUACAGUGCUAUAUCUUUCUAGCUAUAGAUUCUAAUUCACAGAACUGAAGAAGCCAUGCGUCACAUUAUUAGGCGUCAAAAACAAGACCACGAAAAUAAUUUUGAUCCAACUUUGUAUUUAAUUAUCAGAAUUGGGUUAAGUGGGGUAUUUGGUGUGGAAAUGUAUAUAAAACACAAUUUAUAAGAA